AUGGCCCCCCUGCGCGCCGAGCACGCCGACGCCGCCGACGCCGCCGCGCCCGCCCCGCCCGCGCAGCGCGCGCCGAGCGGCGCGCUGCCGUCGUGGCUGUGGCCGCUCGGCCGAGACGCGGUGCGGGGGUCGAGCACCGAGGAGCUCACGCGCGCGAUCGCGGCCGCCGGCGAUGAUGCGGCCGCGCUGCAGCGGAUCGCGCGCGGCCUGCUCGCCGAGCGCAACGACCACCGGGAGGAGUCGCGCCGCUGGGAGGCGGCGGCGCGCGCGCUCGAGACGCAGCUGGCCGACGCGCGCCGCGCGCGGUCGGGGCUGCUGGAGCGGCUGCAGCUGCUCGAGAGGCAGGUGUCGGUGUUGAAAGAGGACACGUUGGUGGAUAGGUUGGUGGAAGCGAAGCUGGCGACGGCUCAGCGCGACCUGGAGGCCGAGGAGCUGCGCGGCGGCCUGCGGCGCGAGCGCGAGCGCGCGCGCCAGCUGGCGGCGCGGCUGACCGCGGCGCAGGGGCGCUACGACGCGCUGGCCAACCGCGUUGCGGCCGCGGGCGGGCUGGCGACGUGA